GACUGCUGACGUCACGCCGGCGGGACGCCUCCGGAAAUUACUCCCUUCCACAGGGCAGCACCCAGGCACCUGUUGCAAGGUUCGUGAGGGGAGCGCCGUGGGAAGUGUGCAUGCACCUCAAAUUCCUACCUUUCCUCAAGAGAAGAGCCCCCAGGAGAAAAGCCAGUAUUGCUUGUGUGCCUAACAACCUGUCUCUUGAGAGGCUGAUCAUCAGGGGUUGACUUUUGGAGAAGUUGAGAAUGCAGGCUGAACAAGGAAGAGGAAGGGGAAUCCUGCAAGGAUGAAUGAGAGGACAGCAAUGCAUGUGUGACGUGUGUGAGUACACACACACAGUAACCUUUCCUAGAACAGUCUUACUCUAAUGAUAAUCAUCUGUGAGGAAAAAAAAUUUUGUAAGUAUGAAUUUGGUGUUACAAGCAGCAUGAAUUCCAGCCAAAUAUCACUCAAAAUGAAACAUCGGAGAGUUAACAUGCAGAAGAAACCUUCAAAGUGUAGUGAAUGUGGAAAGUUCUUUACUCAGAGAUCAUCUCUUACCCAGCACCAGAGGAUUCACAGAGGAGAGAAGCCCUAUGUGUGCAGUGAAUGUGGAAGUUGUUUCUGUAAACAGUCAAAUCUUACUCAACAUCUGAGAAUCCAUACGGGAGAGAAACCUUAUAAAUGUAAUGAAUGUGAGAAAGCCUUUCAAACAAAAGCAAUUCUUGUUCAGCAUCUGAGAAUUCAUACUGGAGAGAAACCCUAUAAAUGCAAUGAAUGUGGAAAAGCCUUUUGUCAGAGCCCAUCCCUUAUUAAACACCAGCGAAUUCAUACUGGAGAGAAACCGUAUAAAUGCACAGAAUGUGGCAAAGCCUUCAGUCAGAGCGUAUGCCUUACUCGUCAUCAGAGAAGUCAUUCUGGAGAUAAACCUUUUAAGUGUAAUGAAUGUGGGAAAGCCUUUAAUCAGAGUGCGUGUCUCAUGCAGCAUCAGAGAAUUCAUUCAGGAGAGAAACCCUACACAUGCAUUGAAUGUGGUAAAGCCUUCACUCAGAACUCUUCCCUUGUUGAACAUGAAAGGACUCACACCGGAGAGAAACUUUAUAAGUGUAGUGAGUGUGAAAAAACUUUCCGCAAACAAGCACACCUUAGUGAGCAUUACAGAAUUCAUACUGGAGAAAAACCUUAUGAGUGUGUUGGAUGUGGGAAAUCCUUUAGGCACAGUUCAGCACUUCUUCGACAUCAGAGGCUUCAUGCUGGAGAGUAAAAUUUGGAAUGUAAUGACUAUGGAAAGAUUUGUAUGAAAGCACCUUUUUUUCUCCUAAAUUCCUAGGAAUGUAAGACUCAAUCUGUAGCUAGUAUGAAUAUUUUGUAUUUUGAACAAAAAAUGUUGUGUCCUAAUGUGUCCUAGUCUGGAGUUUGAUGCCUUAUCUGCUGCUUAGUGGGUGUAACCUUAUCCCUUCUGAGCCUCAGUUUACCCAUCCCCCAAUAGAAAAAUGGGGAUAUUUCCUAGGGUUGUCCUGAGAAUAAAAUGAGUUCUGCAUGACAGUUAACUGCCAUUAAUUAGCCAUUCUAAAAGUUUAUUUACAAUAUCAAAAUCUGACAAGUAAAUCAGCAUUGUUGUUUGGUUCUCAAUGUAUUAUUUCUUAAGAACAUUUUGUAAUUGGGCUAUGAUUUUGUGAUUAAUCUAUAGAUGUCUAUUUAAACUCUAAUGUCUAGGUUUAAAUAGAAUAAUACAAUCUAAGACUGGUUUGUCUUUGAGAAAUUUCAGAUUUAAUCAGAGAAAAAUGUAGUGAUUGGAAUUUGAGUGGACGUUGUGAGGUAUAUUUCUGGAUACCCUCAAGAUCUUCAUUUACAUUUUGAUACUUUCUAUUACUAGGUCUAAUUUGACUUUAAGCUCUACGUUUCACUUUUCCAUUAAACGGAAAGCCUCCCUAACAUUAGAAUAAAGCCUCAUGUUGUGGGACUUCUGUGUGUGUUUAGGGUUGGCAGCAGAUGAUUAGGAGAAGGCAUAUGACAGUAGAGAGGACUGGAAUAUAGAGGAGAAUAUAAGCAUGUAGAUGAGGAUGUGGCUGUAUUUGUUUCCAGUUCUAGGAGCACAGCACCAAAUGUGGUCUCUUAAGGGAAGAUGAGGGUAGAAGAUGUUAACAUCUCAAGUUCCAGCAGGUGAUGCCACUAACAAUUAGCCACUUGUCAAAGGAAGGAGAGAAGAGUGUCUUGGGGAUGCUGAUGGGAUGGAGUGCCUAAUGGCUGUUAAAAGCUAUAAAAUAGCAAAGAAAUCAAAGGAUACUUUUGAUGGAGCUUUAGGCUAUGCUAAGCUCUUUAAUGUAGACAAGCACCUCUAAUACUAAAAGCACACUUGCAAGGAAGAUAGGAGUUACUAUUCACAUCCUAGAAUCAAGGAAAAAGAGAAGAUGUUUGAUUUGCUGAAAGUCAAACAGGUAAUGUCAGAAUUGAAUCUCAAAUCUAUAUCUUACCAAAAGUGUAGUUCUGGUUUAUACAAUGCCAAAGUCACAUACAGGUAAUUUCCCACCAUUGAACCUUCCUGUUAGUGUGAGAUGCCAAAUCUGUGAAAACCAUUGUUAAAAAGUAAAGACUUAUUUUUUUCAGCUUAAUGUGCGCUUAUUGAAAUACACUGAUAAAUUAGAGAAACAAAAAAAUUAAAACCGCAUGUUUUCAGCAAAUAGUCACCUUAGUGUAUUUAUU